AGGUCCCCCUCCUGACAACGUGAUGCAUGCAGUUGAACUAGUGGUGGAACCUGACGGUGAGAGACGCAUCAUGGAGGUGACCAGGCUGCCAGGACAGAACACUGUGGGCAUGGUCGCGUGGCGCAUUACCCUGUUCACACCCGAGUGCCCUAAAGGCCGCGACAUCGUGGUCAUAGCGAACGACUUGACGUACUACAUGGGUUCGUUCGGGCCACAGGAGGACUGGGUCUACUGCAGGGCGUCGCAGUACGCCAGGGAGCUCAAGAUACCCAGGGUAUACAUAAGUGUGAAUUCCGGCGCACGUAUAGGGGUAGCGGAAGAAGUGAAAUCAGAGUUCAACGUGGCCUGGCUCGACUCGGAACGACCCGAGAGAGGGUUCAAGUACUUGUACCUCACGCCUGCAUCCUUCUCCAAGUUGGGGCCGCUUGGGUCCGUCAAGACUCAACUUAUUGAGGACGAAGGGGAGUCCAGAUACCGGAUUACAGACAUCAUUGGCAAAGAAGAUGGCCUCGGUGUAGAGUGCCUACGCGACGCAGGCCUCAUCGCGGGCGAAACGGCGCAGGCCUAUGAAGAUAUCGUGACAAUUUCUAUCGUCACAUGCCGCGCUAUUGGAAUUGGUUCUUACGUUGUGCGUCUCGGUCACCGCGUCAUUCAAGUGGAGUCCUCGUACAUUAUCCUGACGGGCUACGCAGCGCUGAACAAAGUUCUCGGUCGCGCCGUGUACGCCAGCAACAAUCAACUUGGCGGAGUGCAGAUCAUGCACAACAAUGGCGUCUCCCACGCAGUAGCGCCGUCGGACCUUGAAGCAGUUCGGACUUGUGUCCGAUGGCUUUCCUACGUGCCGAAGGUAAUGCAGUGA